AUGGGAUUUCAAACGCCUAAGUGGGUGGGAUCUCCUGCAUCAUGCAAUCGUGCAGCAAAGCUCCAAGUAGAGAAAGAAGGCAUUUUUGUUGAGCAAAUUGAGAUUGGAUCACGCUCAUGCUACGUUCUGGGACGCAGCGACGAAAAGAGCGAUGUGUGGCUUCAGCAUCCUUCAAUCUCACGGCAGCAUGCUGUAAUUGGUCAUGACAAUCAAGAUCGCGUCUGUGUCAUGGACUUAGGCUCGGCUCAAGGAACAUUCGUCAAUGACGAUGAGAUCAAGCCAAACCAGCAAAGACCACUCCAGACUGGAGACUGUAUCCGGUUUGGAGCUAGUACAAGACGCUAUGUCUUUCAGACUGGUGAGUCCAAACAGUCAAGUAAAGUAACCUCAGAUCCAGAGCUUCAGCGGAUGAUGCGAGAGAUGCAAAGUUUUGGCGACCAAAAGAGCAGUGCGAAUCAGUCGACAGUCGUCAAUGAGCAAAGGAACAAGCGACAGGCUGAGAUCGCAGCCAUGACUGCAGAAAUGAUGCAGACCACCCCUCAGGUCUCUGAUACUUCGAUAAGGAUAGAAGACGAGCAACAAUCUGACGUAAAGUCUGAGAGUGACAAUGACGAAGACGUCGAUGAUGUUGAUCUUCGAUAUGGCGUGCCAAAGACGCAUGAAGUUGGGCUUCAAAGUCACACAAAGGGGCUGGCUUGUAUCGCCGUCGACGCACCUGGGGCUCGUGUGGCCACUGGAUCGAUGGACUAUCAUGUCAAACUGUGGGAUUUUGCUGGUAUGGCGCGUCAUGUACGUCCAUUUAGAGACAUCGAGGUUGAUGAUGGCCAUCCGCUCGUUGCCGUAAGCUACAGUCCUUCUGGUGACCGUCUGCUUGCCGUCACGGGAUCAUCCCAGCCAAAAAUUCUUACACGAGAAGGUGUGGAGGAGUUACAGUUUGCAAAAGGUGACAUGUAUGUCGUAGAUAUGGCACAUACGCAUGGGCAUACACACACAGCGACAGGUGGUCAAUGGCACCCAAAAAGACGUGAUCAAGUGAUCACGAGCUCGUUAGACGGAACAGUGCGCCUCUGGUCUCUUGAUGGCAAGAAGACAUUCGACAAGCUCAUUAACACGUCUGUGUUUAAAUUUAAAGAUCGACGAGGCCGGCGUUGUGGCGUGACGGCCUGUCAGUUCAAUCCUGAUGGAUCAUUAAUUGCUGGCGCCACGAUGGACGGCCAAGUGCUGUGUAUUGAUCCACGCCAUGCAUACGCUGGUGCCGCAGUGACUAUCCGGGAUGCUCACAUUGACGGAGGAGGUGACUUGGGCAUUUCUUCGAUUCAAUUUACACCUGAUGGUAAAUUAAUGGCCUCGCGGUCUUGUGCAGACGACAAAAUAAAGGUUUGGGAUAUUCGUCAGACAAAACAGAGCUUGAAAGAAUUUUGCGGAAUUGAAGGGGUCUUUGGCACUUGUAAUCUUGCCUUUAACCACAACGGCACGACAAUUGCUGCCGGCACGUGUGUUCGAAAGGGCAAAGGCCUUCAUGGAAGCGUCCUUUUUUUAGAUGUUCACACGUCUGAUUUAGUUGAGGCUGUUGCUAGCAUCGAUAUGAAGGAAGACGAGAGUGCAAUAUGCGUGGAAUGGCAUCAUGGUAUCAAUCAACUAUUUGUUGGUAGCUCGACGGGAACCUGUCGUGUUUUUUACGAUCCGAGGCAAAGUACUAAGGGUGUGCUAUUGAGUGCUACAAAGAAGCUGAAAGUGCAAAGUCACGAGUCUGGUGUUCGUAUCGAUGGCGCUGGUAAGGUGUACAAUCCGAAUGCGUUGCCCAUGUACCGUGAUGAGUCGGCCGGUUCGCACAAGCGCAAGUACGACAAAGUGCGUGCUGACCCAAAGAAAUCUCGUGCACCUGAGAAGCCACUCACUGGUCCCGGCAUGGGUGGUAAGAUCAGUGGUAGCUCAACUUUUACUCAGUACUUCAUGAGCAGUCAUAUUCGGUCUUCUUUCCGAGAAGAAGACCCACGGGAAGCGCUUUUGAAGUACGCCGAGAAGGCCGAAACGGACCCACAAUUCUUGGGAGCUGCUUACAAGAAAGAGAAGCUAGACCCGCGCUAUGAAUUAGCCAAGCAGACAUUAGAAGAGGAAAAAUUGGCAAAAGAGGAAGAGAAUCGCCGUUUGUUGCAGCCUUAA